UAGAAGCUGUCAGGUAUGGGGAAUGGGGCAUCCACUUUUGCUGAUCAUUGGUAUGUUACUUCUUAUGCAGAAAGCUCAAUGGAUCAUAACUAUCAACGCAGGCAGCAUCCGACUUACAUAGCUGACAAUUUCAACUCAUUGGAUCAGGUUAUUUCUGCCCUGAGAGAGGCUGGUCUUGAAUCAUCUAAUUUAAUACUUGGUAUUGAUUUUACCAAGAGUAAUGAGUGGACAGGCAGGCAUUCAUUUCAUCGAAAAAGCCUCCAUGCAAUUGGUAGCACACUGAAUCCCUAUGAACAAGCAAUCUCUAUUAUUGGCCGUACUCUGUCUCCUUUUGAUGAAGAUAAUUUGAUACCUUGUUUUGGAUUUGGUGAUGCAUCAACACAUGAUAAGUAUGUAUUCAGCUUUUAUCCUGAUAAUCGACCUUGUAAUGAUCUUGAGGAAGCUCUUGCACGAUACAGAGAGAUUGUUCCACACUUAAAGUUGUCAGGCCCAACUUCAUUUGCUGCAAUUAUUAAUGCAGCAAUUGACAUUGUGGAGAAAAGUGGUCAGUACCAUGUUCUUGUUAUUAUUGCAGAUGGACAGGUUACCAGGACUCCUGAUACUCCUCCUGGACGGUUGAGUCCUCAAGAACAAGCAACGGUAAACUCCAUAGUUGCUGCUAGCAAGCAUCCUCUCUCAAUUAUUUUUGUUGGAGUUGGGGAUGGACCAUGGAAUGCAAUGCAACAAUUCGAUGAUAACAUUCCUCAGCGUGAAUUUGACAACUUUCAGUUCGUGAACUUCACUAAAAUAAUGUUAGACAACACCGAAGCAUCAAAGAAGGAAACAGCCUUUGCACUUGCUGCCCUCAUGGAAAUUCCACUUCAGUACAGAGCCACUCAAAGACUUCAGCAUACAGAUCAUGAUUUAGUUGGUGGUCCACGCACAAGGCCACUCCCACCUCCUCGUGAAGUGAUUGAUCAUGAUAAUGCUGUCAAAUCAAUUCCACACAUUACGAACUUUGAAACAGUUCAACCAUCUACUUCAGUCGAACCGGUCUGCCCUAUUUGCUUGACUAACCCAAAAGACAUGGCUUUUGGAUGCGGUCAUCUGGGAUUGUGGAGCAAGCCUUUCAACUUGCCCUAUAUGUCGACAGCCCAUAACAACACGCCUGAAACUGUUUACCUGAACCAAAUAAUACCUCCUGCACGUUGUUUGCUUGCUUUGGAGAGAACUGCGAAGCCCGAUCCACAGGGAGGAAUUAUUAGUGAAACGGCAUUUUGUGUGUAAAUUUUUAUUCAAAAUGGCCCUUGACAUAAAAACUGGUGCUAAGUUAUACGCUAGUGGGAUCUUUUUUAUUGUAUUUUUUUUAACAGCGUUUCUGUUGAUCAAUUCGUUUAUGAUACAUGUGUAGCAUCUCCUCAAAUUUCAUCAAUUUUUAUCACCAUGGGUAAUCUGUUCUUUCA